UACAAAUAUGUUCGUUUCAGAAUAUCAAUCAUCUAUUUUAAGGCGGUAUCGUCCAACCUCAUCGAGCCUGUUACCACAGGUCCUGGUAUAUAUUUCGAUCCCGUAGGAAAAUUGAAACUUACCAACGAUGAUUUACACAUCCUUAUCCCUAUUGACAUUUCCUACAUUAAACCUCACAUAGAUAACUUAAUAUCCGUUAUUGCAACAGCCAGACACUUUUGUCAACAAUCUAAAAACCUAGAAUCCAAAUGUCUCAACAUAUUAGAACCAAUGACACCUCGACUCGAGGAUAUCAUACGCGAUUACGAAUCUAUUUCUCACUUAAUAACAGAUAGAUCUAAAAAAUCAGCAUGGUUUUCUGGCAUAGGAACAAUAUUUAAACAUAUAUUCGGUACGAUGGAUGAGCAAGACGCCAUAAAAUACAGUACUGCUAUCCAUACGCUCAAGGGAAACGACAAGAAAUUAUCAGAGCUCAUGAGAGAUAAUAUCCUCAUGACUACAACCGCAUUAUUAGCCUAUAACGAUUCUUUAAACUCAAUUAAUAAAAAUGAACACCGUCUUAACGAAGCUCUAGAUGCCUUAUCUUGUAAUAUAUAUAAUAUAACUUUAGAAAUUAAC